CAGGUCUCUCGAGCCUGAUGACAAGCCACACGAGUGAGUCAUGGACAGUGCUCGAGAAUUCCACUACGAUCGUCCAACGAUGGUGAACGCCAGGUGCUGCGCCGCACGUGUGGGUGCCCGUGAUAUAUCAGUGAACUUUCUCUGCUAUAUCACAUACUGUACCCAGUCCGUUCACGGUCGACAAAAUGACCGCAUGUCACCUGCCAGAAGAGAUCGUUCAUCAAGUAUGCUCAUACUUGGAAGUCACGUCUCAUGACCGGUUGGACAACCGAGAAGAAACAAGCCAUGAUCGUCUCAAUCGUGGGACCUUGCACUCUGCAAUGCCGGUCUGCCGAACAUUUGAACAGAUCGUCACGCCCCUAUUGUAUGCCUUAAUUACCACCACCCCUGAUGUGAGACCCGUUUCCGUAAUUCGCCUUUUGGUGCGCACGUUGUUAGCACGGCCGGAACGCGCAUCCUUGGCCCAGACCCUCGUCGCUGGCCCUGUUGGUCCAGAGUUCGCGAUUAGGCCAGGUGGUGACCGGUCCGACUGGUGA